UCGUCAUCAUCUUCGAUCCAAACCCAAAUACAUCACAAACUUUUAUCUCACUUUCCCUCUACAUAAAGUCGUCUUUCUCGAAGAUCUCAAAACAAAUUUCACUGCAAAUUUCAUGCCUUUUUCUUCUAUAUCUUCCACCAUCAAGAGAACAGGAAGAGUGAAUUUGGAACUCCUAACAUGUUGGCUUCCGAAGGAGGUGUUUACUUCGGCACUGAUGAUUUCCUAUUAGAUCCAAGUUUAAGCGCGAAUGAAGAUGAGGAAUCGAGCGAGCUGUUCGAGAUUGAGCUAGGGAUUGAGGCACGAUCCAAUCGUAAACAGGAGGAUGAAUGCGCGGAAAGUUGGUUCUCCUUUGAUUUCCGCAAAUCAAACCAUUGCGUUUACGUUGGGAUUAGCGAUAACUUCGAUUCCAGUAUGGACGCCUUGCAAUGGACUCUCCAUUUCGCAGUUUUACCCUCCACUAUCGUUUAUCUCUUUCACGUCUUCCCCGAGAUUCGCUUCAUUCCCAGCCCAUUGGGAAUGCUUCCGAGGAGCCAGGUUAGUCCUAAGCUAGUGGAAAAGUUCAGGACUGAAGAGAGAGCAAAAAGGAGGAUGUUUCUUCAAAAGUUUGUUGAUAAAUGUUCGGCUGUUCAGGUCAGUGUGGAGGUUGUGAUGAUUGAGAGUGAUAUGGUGUCAAGGGCAAUCCUUGAUCUUAUCGCUCUUUUCCAAAUAAAGAAACUCAUACUAGGGAGCUCCAAACCCAGGUCUCUCUCUCUCUCUCUAGACAAACUUACUGAUCUUCAGUUCAAAACUCAAAUGUGCAAAUGUCUUAAAUCUCCGGGCUGA